AUGCUCGACCCAGACCUCCAGGCCCUGCACGCUGCCGCGAUAGCAGGGCUGCCGGGCUGGGCUGCCCUCGUCUGGCAGGCCGUGCGAGGGCCUGGACAGUCCGCCUCUUCUGAAGGCGGGGGAUGCUACCAAGGACACGAGGAGGAGUGUCCAGAGGUGAUCUGCGAGUGCCCUGAGGUGGUCUGCCCGAGGCCCGAGUGCCCCGAGACCGACUGCCCGAUCGUGGAGUGUCCGUCGGUCCCCGACUUCAGGGAAGUGUACCCCUUGCUGGAGGAGGGCAUCUUCGCCAUCCUCUUCCUGCCGCUGCUGGUUGCCACAGCCGCGGGAGUGCUGCUCGGGUGCUGGUGUGCCAAGAGGACGCGGAGCCAGAGAGGAGCGAACGGUCAGCACGUCAGCCCGUCCGAGUCGGACGAGAAGCGGCGGCAGCUCGCCGCUGAGCAGGUGGCGGCCGUGCCAGUGAGUAUGGCAGCCAGGGGAGACUAUAUCCUCAUCAAGUACAACGGGGUAGACGAGGACUUGUAUCACGAGACUUUGAUCACGGGGGUCAGCUCAGAGGAUCCCACUGAGGUUACCCUGUACACCGCCGAUCAGGAUCACUAUCAGUUCAACAUAGCGCCUGGGGAUGAUGUAGAGGCGGUGUACUGGAUCGGGCUGCCAGGAGGUCGCCCCGCUCACGUGCCAGAGAAUCAGAUCGAUCGGUUCCGCCACAACGUGCCGCCCAAUGAGCGCCAGAGGCUCUUCGCGGAGGCGCAGGGCAUGCUGGGAGCAGCGCCGGCGCCUCCACCCGCCCCCCUGGCGGCCCCGAUGCGGAACGUGCAGAGGCAGGGUCUAGGCCGUCCCGCCGGGGCGGCCGCCAGACGCGCCGAGCCCGGCCGCGUGUGGGUCUUCGCCGAGGACCAUGGCCGCCACCAGAAGGGCGACAGCGUGGAGGAGCUCCCCGCGGGGUCAGUGGUGCUGGGAGAGAGGGCGGUCGUCCCCAUGGCGGACGGCAGCACGGCGUUCUUGCAGAUGAUCCCCCAGGACGGCAUUGAUGAGUUCAAGAUGGACGAUCUCAGGGUGAUGCCCGUGAAGUUCGACGGAUUGGGGGGGCGCAGGAGGCUCUUCCAGGAUGGCGUCGCCAGCUUCGUGCCCGACGAGCCCGAAGGGGGCUUGGGGCUUGAGGGCCCUGGCACAGUGUCCUGGAGAUGCCAGACCUAUGUCGAGAGGUCCCAGACGCCGGGCAUGAUGGUGGCCCCGCUGCUCCAGCAGCACGUGGCGACGGCCCUCCGCGACGAGCACCAGGUGGCCAAGGAGCAGAGGAAGGCUCGGGAGGAGCGUCGCCUGGGCCGCCAGAACAACAAGAACCACAAGGACAAGGCCCCAGAGGGCCAGGGGAGGAGGUUUUUGGACAGGGCUACCAACUCUGUCAUCAGUUCCUUGAAUGAGAUGCAGGGCUGCGCCAGGGUGCACGACGGAACCCCCGCGAUGGGCCAGAUGCUGUCUCAGGAUGCGAUACGCUGUGACGUCGCGUCCACUCCGCCAUCCCAGACCUUGUACACCAGACACGGGGCCGUCCGCGAGCUCUUGUCAGGCAUCGUUGACUAUGCAGGCAGCGAUUGCAGCACCACGGUUCGUCCCUAUCGGCGGGAUCAGGUUUCUCUUCCAGAUCCCGGGAGGCCCUCGGCGGAUUUGCUGUCUACCCUCCCGGAGCCUGACCAGGAUUUGCUGAAGUUAUGGGAUACUCAUAUGCUUGCUGACCCUGCUGAUGUGGGGUUCUAUCGAGAGUCGGGACAUCAGUUUAGGUUGUACUUCGACGAGGUUUUUAAAGCGCAGCGAGGUGUCUACGUUGAGUUUUUGAGAGACCUUAGCGACGCCAAGAUGAUUGGUUGGACAGAGAAGCCUCUGAGCCUGGUGACCCCUUUCUUCGUAGUAAAGAAGCACGACAGGUUACGACUCAUCAUGGAUUGCAGAAGCACGGACCUCCUCUUCCGAGCACCCCCUGCCCCUGAGAUGGGCACGGCUGCAGCUUGGGGCAACCUGGAGCGUCCCGAGGCUCGUCCUGGAGCCGAGGCCGGCGGAGCUGACGCCAGCGGAAGUGGCGGAAGCAAACUCUGGGUCGCCCAGGCGGACGUGAAGGAUUGUUUCCACUGUGUUCGCAAUCUUCCAGAGCUGUGCCCGUACUUCUGCAUGCCGCCGAUCACGGAGGGAGAGAGAGCCGACGCUGGUAUUGGUGGCCCAAGUGGCCUUGGGGAUCUGGCACGUGAGGUUUCGGUUUACCCAAUGCUGCUGACUCUUCCAAUGGGUUUCUCCUGGGCCUUCUAUUUCGUCCAGCGCCUCGUGGAACACCAGUGCAGAGUUUCCCUGGCUGGGGCUGGCUUGGCUUUCAAGUUCCUGAGGGGCCAGGCCCCUGCUCCGGAUCUCGGGGCCCAGUUGGCCGUUCUACCCUACUGCGACAACAUCAAUGUCGCGGGCAUCAGGAGGGAGGAGGUGAAGGAGGAUAAGGAUGUGAUCGUUCGGAGGCUUCGGUUCGUGCAGUUCACUGUCCAUGAGGAGACCGAGCCCGAGACCCUGUCGUACUCGCUGGGUCGCGUUAUCGAUGGGGAGUCCUGGGUGGUUCGUAAUCGGUCUGAACGAGGGGAGCGUCUUCGCAAGGUCUGUGAGGCUCUUGAGGGGGGUCAACCAGUGACGGGUAGGCAGAUGAAGCAGUACCUUGGCCACGUGGUCGAUUUCUUUCUGAUUAGACGGGAGGUCCUCUCGGUGCUCAGAGCUUGCUACGAUUUUGCGCAGGCUCCUGAGGACCUGGAGGUCAACCCGGGGUUCGACGAGAUCCCAGAGGCCUUCAUGGACCCCGACAAGUGGCACGAGGUGUUUGCUAUGCGUUUCAGGAAGGAGGAGGCUAUACCUAUUCUGGAAGGAGCAGUGGGGCGCAUCUCGGGACCCUCGAGAGAGAGCCGUCGGGAGAAGCGCCAGAGCAUCUUCGGGGCCUUCGAGCGUCUUGCCCUGUCGGGCCAGCAUUCCAUUCUCGAACGUCACUCGAUUACGGCACCCACGGAGGGCCUGUACACAGCCUGGUGGGAGGAGCUCCAGGAUUUUGUGGCUAUGAACGGCUACACCUUGGACAGCGUGAGGAAUGCCGACAUUGCGCUGGUGGACUUCGCGGACUACUUGUUUCUCGAGGGGUUCGAGCGGCCCGACCUCAUGAAGAUGUGCGCCGCGGCCGCCUGGCACCUGGCCGGCCUGUCCCCCAUCGGGAAGCUGCGUUUCCCGCGGUUCUCCCGCGCAGCCCGGGGGCUGGGCCUGCUGGCGCCAGCGCAGACCGCGCCGCCCGUCCCUUUCGAGGUGGCGUGCUGGAUCGCCUGGCACAUAUACCUCCGCCUCCAGGACUGGACCAUCCCACUCUGCCUGCUGACCAUGUUCGUCUGCUACUUCAGGUGGGUGUCCGACGAGGCGCUGCUCCUCGACUCUCCCUACCUCCCAGGUCUGGGCCCCGCGCUGCAUCGGCGACGUCGCGGCCAACGGCUGGCCAAGCUGUUCGAGGUCAGCGAGAGGGAGCUCAGCAUGCAGUGGGGCCGCUCGCAAGAGCAGCUCGGGCUGCUCCCAUCCCAGCGGUAUCGCCUGUACCAGAUCCGCCACGCGGGGCCGCCCUACGACAUCCUCAUGGGGGUCCGCACGCUCCUCGACGUCAAGCGCCGGGGGAGGUGGAGCUCGGACGCGACCGUCAAGCGGUACGAGGCGGCGGGGGUGGUGCAGCAGGAGUGGGCCAAGCUGUCGACGGCACAACAGGCCGCCGCGUCUCGCGCGGCGGAGUGGAUGCAGUCUCAGGAGCUGUACUGCGGCACGCACGGGAUCCUCGACAGCGCGGGCCGCCAGGGCAUCGGCGGCGUCGGCUGGGACACGGAGAUCAGUUCAAAGGCCGACCUCUCGAGUGCGGCCGUCAUCAGGAGCAUCGCCCGCGACUUCAAAGCGGGCGAGAACCGCUUCGGGCUGAGUGGGGCGUUCGCAGCUCUCUGGGUUGGUAUCGUUUGCUCGACCUGGCUGGGCACGCAGGCGGCUCCACCUGUGCGGGGCGCACUGCAGUUCUCGAGUGCGUGCUUUGCCGGAGGCAUGUCCUGCGGAACGCGCCGAUGCGAGGCCGUGCGCGUCGGCAACUACUGGGCCGAGGACCAGGAGGCGGUGCUGGGCUACAUCCGGGAGCAGUUCGAGCGGCUGCUUGCGGACAGGGGGUGGCUGGCGGCCGAGCAGCAGGAGCUGAGGCGGGAGAACGCGUUCACGAAGCGCUACUCCGUCGACGACAUCCUGCGGAAGCGUCACGAGGCCGACGGCUUCAACGUCUUCGUAAGCCCCGAGGAGGCGCUGCUCCAGAGGCAGGCCGAGGAGCUGCGGGCCCGGGGACGCCCCGCCCCCGAGCCGGGGCUGCUGGCGGAGCUGCAGGAGGGCCUCGGCGCCGCGGUCGCCGACGGCGACGGCGUGGGAGAGGAGGAGCUCCUGGAGCUCCUGGAGGGCUGCGCGGGAGCUGGCGAGGUCGCCGCGGCGGUGUUCUGCGGGGGCCGCCUCUUGGACCUAGGCGGCGAGACGGAGGUCCCGGGCCUGGACCGCGCCUUCGAGGCGCUCAAGCGGCUCCUCCGGCCCAGCGCGGCGGCCCCCGAGCCGCAGCUCGCAGGGCCGUGGUGCGUGGAGGGCCGCGGCCCCGCGCAGGCGGCGAAGGCCGCGCGGCAGGGCCUGUCGCGCCUGCUGAGCCGCCUGGCCGCGGCCCGCAAGGCGCGCGAUAGCGCCAACGAUGCCGGCGCCGCCGCCCGCGGCGCGGCGGCCGAGGAGGCCGAGCGGUGUCUUCGCCGGCUGGGCGAUGCGGUGACGCCGCUGCUGCUGGGCGACGCAGAGGCGGCCAGCUGCAACCGGCGCGGCUCUCUCGCGGAGCUGCUGCUGCGCCUCUGCCACGGCGGCGGCCUGCAGGCGAGCGCGAAGUUGGCGGCGUGCCUGGUGGGCGAGCUGGAGCGGAGAGGCGUUGUGCGGACGCAGGCCCUGCGCGAGAGGUUGUCGCGGUAG